AGGCCCACCAGCUCAUCCUUGGAGCCUUAAAUUCAUGAGCUGGCCAUGAGCUGGACUCACAGGGAUCUGGGAGGCUCCCUGAGGAAGAAAGUACCACGGGACUUCAGGGAGAGGCUGCUCAGAGGGCUCCGGAUUUGCCAUCCCCACCGCAGAGGAACCUUCCUCAUUAUGGGAGGCUGCCGCUGGCCUUGCCUUGUGGGGAGGUGGGAGGGAGCUGAGGCUGGGAUGGGGAGCCAGCAGCGUUUCCUGCAGAAUCCUGGAGGCUCCCGCAAGGCUGGUGCCCUGCAGACCCAGUUCUCAUGAACCACCAGCUUCUCCGGCCCCUGCAGCACCUCUCCUGCCUCGCCAUCUUCUAACCUUUCUGGAGCCACCAAGCCGAAGCCCACACACCUGUCAGUGCAGAGAUAAGUGCCUAAUGCUUCCUUCCAGGGCAGAUCAUCGGAGGCCAAGAGGCCAGGCCCCAUUCCCACCCUUACAUGGCAUAUGUUCAGAUCCGAACUCCAGGUCUGAAAACUUGUGGGGGGUUCCUGGUGCGAGAAGACUUUGUGGUGACAGCAGCUCACUGCUUGGGAAGGGGAGGCCAGAUAUAAGGUCGCUGGGUUUCCCACCACCCCCAGCUCAAGGCUGUGGAGACCAACGACAUAGAGCCCAGUCCCAGAGCCCUCCUGUCCCCACGUUCCCUUGGCUGAGGUCUCGCCACCCUGGGUUGUCACGUGACCUGCAUCGGGGACUGCAGUUCCUGCAGCUCAGACCUACCUCUAGGCUCCCUUUCCUUUGCAGCCAAAUAAAUGUCAUCCUGGGGGCCCACAACGUCAGGAGGUUGGAAAGGACUCAGCAGCGCAUACCGGUGCUCAGAGCCAUCCCCCACCCCAGGUACAAUCCGCACAACUACUGGAAUGACAUCAUGUUACUGCAGCUGAGGAGCAGGGCCAGACGUAAUCGAGCUGUGAGGCCGGUGGCUCUGCCUCAGACCCAGAGCAGGCUGAGUCCUGGGACCCUGUGCACCGUGGCCGGCUGGGGCCUUGUCGGCCUGUACAGGAGAACAGACACGCUCCAGGAUGUAUGGAUCAGGGUGCAGAGGGGUGAGGAGUGCAGUAGACGCUUCACGUUCUACACCGGCCGAACACAGAUUUGUGUGGGCGACCCUAGAGAGAGGAAAUCCGCCUUCCUGGGGGACUCCGGUGGCCCCCUUGUGUGUAACAACGUGGCCCAGGGCAUCGUCUCCUACGGAAACAGCACUGGGACUCCUCCAGCAGUCUUCACCAGGAUUUCCAGCUUCCUGCCCUGGAUACGGAGAACGAUGAGACGCUGCCAAGAGUGGGGGCUGGAGUGACACCCCCUGUCACUGACUCCCCUUCUCUGGGGCAGAGCCCAGAUCCAGGGCGGUUCCCAGAGCCUUAAUAAACAUCCAUAUCUAGAGUGGAAAUAACCGAUUUCUCAUU